GCUGAAGGUAGGAAAAGACCAAAAGAAUCGUGGUGUUGGAUACAGGUGAGGUGACAUCAUACAGAAGCGAAUGUGGCGCCCUGACAGAGUCUCUCUCAGCACGUAGAGAAGAGAGAGAAAAGAAGAAACAGAAAGAAAGAACACUGAAACAGAUUUUGAAAGAGAGAAGAACCAAAAAUGGGGCAAUCAUCGUCAACGGAAACAGUAGAAUUGAAGGAAGAGAGAGAGUUAGAGAGCCUAGCAGCUUCAUCAGGUGCUCUCCCUUUUCUUCAGAAUUCUUUCUCUAUUCUCGCCGAUCCUCAAUCUCACUCUAUCCCUCUCCCUUCUCUUCAGCAAUGUUUUUCUCUAAAGUAUACCAGCAUAAAUUGCGAAAAAGCCAAUUUACCCUAUUGCUUCCAGGGGUUUUUGGAUCAUAUGGCUGCCUCUAUAACCGAUACGCUAUUUGUUCCCCAGAAAGGAGGAAUUACUUGGGUUGAAUUUUUAAGAGGGUACGUUAAAUGCUGUGGGAGAAUCUCGGCUUCUUCACUAUUGAACAUAAUGCUUAGGGUAUUUGCUUUAUCUGCUGAUAGAGCUGGUUGUCCCAUGAAUAUAAAUUUUGAUUCUGAUGAAGUUGAUAGCAAGACAUGUGGAUCAAUUUCACCUCUGGAAUUGGAGAUGAUAAUUUGGGUAUGUUGGAUUAUGUCCUGGAAUACAAGGAGUUCAAAGUGUGCAAUGGAAAGUGAGCAUGUGAGUGUGCCUGAUCUUAACCAUUUGAUAUUAUCAGCUGUUGUUUCGUGCAUGGACAAUGGUAGCGAUUUUGAUUUAUGGAAUGCUGAUGUCUCCAAUAUUGAAGCUGAGCUGACUGCUGGAAAAAUACAUAUGUGGGCCAUAAGGACGGUGCCCAGCCUUGCAGAAUGCUUUUCAAAUUUCAUUACUUCCAGACUUAAAGCUGCACCCAUUAAGCAGCCUACUGAAACAGACACUCCAGGCACAAGGGCCAUUGAAAAAUCUUCUGCAGAGUCAAGUGAAGUUCAUAUUCUAACACGUGGACGGGCAUGGGCAAUGGCUCUUUCCCAAAGAAGCAACAUAAGUGAGGAGCUUUUGAGAAUAAGCUUCCCCAGCAAUAUUGAUGUAAUAGAGGAUAGCCUUCUUUAUCGAUCUUACUUCCAUGGGAAAGGGCUGAACAGAUUAUGGUCAAAUGUUGAAGGUUAUCACGGGCCAUUGCUACUGUUGAUCUCUGCCUUUUCAGGAGAAUCUAGUGAGAUCAGCAGGAAGUGGAUCAUUGGGGCACUCACACAACAAGGGUUUGAAAACAGAGAUGCAUUCUAUGGAAACGGGGGUUCUCUAUGUUCUAUAUUCCCAGUCUUUCAUGUUUUCUCAGCGUCUGGAACGGAGAAGAACUACCUAUAUAGUCACUUGCAUUCGACUUUGAAAGCAUACGAUCCGCACCCAAAGCCUGUCGGGAUCGCAUUCGGAGGAACUAGCGGGCAUGAAAGAAUUUUUAUUGAUGAUGAUUUUGCAAAGGUUACUGUACGACAUCAUGCUGUCGACAAAACAUACCAACAUGGCUCUCUGUUUCCUAAUCAGGGUUACCUUCCUACCGAAGCAUCAGUUCUCGACGUUGAAGUGUGGGGUUUGGGUGGUAAGACAGCAAAGGAAAUACAAAUCUCAUACCAGAAGAGAGAGAAUCUUUUCACAGAGCAAAGGCGCACGAUUGACCUGAAAACAUUUACUAACUGGGAAGAUUCUCCAGAGAAGAUGAUGAUGGACAUGAUGUCUAAUCCAAAUACGGUUCGACGUGAGGAUCGGUAAUUAGUAAUAGAGCUUUAUAGACCUGUUUGUUGUAUAUAUGGACGGGGUUUAUUGUUAAGCAAUAAAAACAAGCUUCUGCCCUGUUAUCGAGUUUUUAUAUCUGUAAUUACACGAGUUCUUGAGAUUACUUUUGUGAUACUUUUUCUGCAUCAUUUCUGGAGUUAGAGCUGGAGAAUGGAGUUCCUUGUAUCUUUAUUUUCUUUCGGAAGCAUUGCCAGUUGCACAGAGCGUAAGGUGAUUCGCCAAGGGAUGAAUUCUAGUAUGGUAGGAUCUUGCAAUUUAUUCUAGUUCUUUUAAUUCUUGAUUUGGACCAAGUUAUCCAAUUCUGAUUGAAGGCUAAGUCUUUAUGCAAUGACCAUUGGUACUCCUAACUCUUAUCAUUUACAAGCUUUCUCCUGAGCAAAAUAAAGAGAGAUGUAUCAUUAGUUUUUUAUUUA